AUGUGUGGGUACAAACGAAAGGCCUCUAGAGAGCAAACUCAUCUCAGAGUCCGACAGGGUGAUGGAACUAAGAUUGAACACUACUUCCUCAUUACCUUUGUGCCUCUUGUUGAACGGGUGUUUGCGCCCACCCCUUCUCUUGUGCGGGCCCCCCCAUCUCUGGGAAGUGUGGGAGGCCUUUCGUUUGUACCCACACAUAAUACACAACCCCUUGAUGCACUAAUUGAUAUACAUAAAUUUCAACGGACCCUCAAGCUAAAGGAACACUUCAGACUUUCCACAUCACAGCAGGUGAUUUUUAAAGCACCAAGUUCUUUUGAGCCUACUAACACUCCCAAAUCUAUCGAAGCAUUCACCCGGCUGAUGAUAGAUGAGACCAGAAAAAUUUCUUCACAGCAAGCAAACUUCCCUAAUCUCUCUAGAACUGAGAGGGAAGCCAUACACAGACUUGCCAACAAUCCAGAAAUUGUUAUUAGACCUGCUGAUAAGGGAGGAUCGAUCGUGAUACAGAAUUACACGGACUACAGAUUGGAAAUCAUACGGCAACUGGAUGAUAAGGAAACCUACCUACAACUCACGCGAGAUCCAACAGUGAAGUUCAAGCAGCAAAUUGAUUCUUUUUUACAAAUGAGUUUUUCUAUGGGACUGCUUUCACAAAAUUCCCUGGAUUUUUUGACACAGGAUUACCCCAUUUGUCCAAUUUUAUAUACAUUACCUAAGAUCCACAAGGACAAUUUGAAACCACCAGGUCGUCCAAUCGUCAGUGCACGAGGCUCACUACUUCAGCCAAUAGCUACAUUUGUAGACUAUUACUUACAACCGUUGGUACAAGGCAUGUCCACUUAUAUCAAAGACUCUGGCGACUUCUUGGAUAAAUUACUCCAAUUGCAACCUUUGCCUCCCCAUGUAUGCCUAGCCACAAUGGAUGUGUCCUCGCUAUAUACAGUAAUUCCGACUAAUCAAGGUCUUGAAGUGGUUAGAGAUUCUCUGCUUAGACAACCUGCAACCAAUAGACCACCAAUAGACUUUUUGAUACAUCUAUUACAGUUUUGUCUUACCAUGAACUAUUUUAAAUUUGAAAGAUCGUUCUUUUUACAAACAAGCGGAACCAGUAUGGGUUCGAAUGUAGCACCUUCCUUCGCGAAUCUGUACAUGUCAAAUUAUGAACAUACUCAUAUUUUACCCAAUUAUGGGACCUACAUUCUCAAAUUGUACCGCUACAUCGAUGAUUUGUUCAUCCUAUGGACUGGUACAUGUGAACAAUUUUCGUCUAUGAUCACUGAACUAAACUCCUUGCCCUCACCAAUCCGCUUUACUGCAUCAAUUGACACACAACAAAUAUCAUUUUUGGAUCUGACCAUUACACUAACACCAACGGGAAUCCAUACUACCACAUAUAGGAAACCAACGGAUCGUAACACUCUUCUUCACCACUCCUCUUGCCAUCCACCACAUCUCCUUAAGAGCAUUCCUUUUUCACAGAUGCUCCGUAUGGUCAGAAAUAAUUCUCAUCCGAUACAAUUGGAAGAACAACUCGAAGAUCUGAUUGAGCGAUUUUUGAAAAGAGGAUAUAACUUCCAUCAUUUGGUAUCCUGCAAAGAAAAAGCACUGUCCUAUAGCCAAAAGGAUCUCCUGGGGGUCCGGAAAAAUAAAUCGGAUACUAUGCCAGAGAGACUCACUUUUCUAACCACCUACAGUCAGGACAAAAAACCAAUGAUUGAGUCAAUCCACAAUCACUGGUCAGUGAUGGCCAAAGACAAGACACUUCCACCCAUAUUUAGAACUCCCCCCCUCAUUGCAUACAGACGUGGGCGGAGUCUAAGGGAUCUGCUGAUGAAAACAGACCCCAUACACUGUUAUACAUUAGAUAAACCAACCACGUGGCUUAGUAAUACUAAACCGGGAUGUUUCAAACGUCCAUCUUGUACAACAUGUGGGAACUUAAUCACAGGAUCCGUGUUUCAUCACCCGCAUACAGGCAAGCCAAUAUCCAUCAAGCAUCGGGUGACCUGCACAUCCAAGUUCAUAAUAUACUUCAUCAGAUGUCCCUGUGGUUUAUACUACAUUGGCAAAACCAUCACGACAUUUCGCGAUCGUAUGGCGAACCAUAGAUCGGCAAUCCGUACUGCAAUAGACACAGGAAAGGCAGACACUCCGGUAGCCCUACAUUUUUUGACACACCAUCACUCGCUGGCUAGUAUGAGGAGCAUGAUUAUAGACUUUAUUCCACCUCCGGUUCGUGGUGGUAAUAGAGAAAAGCUACUAUUGCGAGCUGAACUCCGCUGGAUCCACAAACUCAACACGCUGAGUCCUUUUGGAUUGAAUGAACUUGUCUCAUAUUCACCAUUUUAUUUACCAUAAUUGAAGGCGAAUUAGCUUGACUGAUCUCUUGUAACCAUCACCUUUAUUACAACACACGAGUAAAUGCAUGUAAUCGUCAUUUCAUGAUAUGCAAAGUAGUAAUUGGUCUGUACAUUUUUCUAUACACCUAUUUUGACACUGAAUGUAAUACAGGCUUGUAGGCACUGCUAUUGGAUUUGUUGGUUAACAAUAAUUUUGAACAUUCAGUUCCUACAAAUUCCUAUAUAGUGUCUAGCUUCUCUAGAAUCAUUGUUAUGCCUAGCUACUUUUUAAUCAUUGCUAUGUGUUACGUGUUUUUUGUCACAGUCGGUGUAUUUGUAUCAAUAAGUGUGCCUCCCCUCGUUUGGGUUUCAGUUGCUUCCCGGCUCCGCUCUUUACAGUGCAUGUAUUUUCCCUCUUAAAAUACGUCCUUUUGACAUUUCUGUUUUCAAUUCUGCUGUCUAUAAAAUACUUACAAACUACCUGCUCUCGUGUAGAUUAGCUUAACAUCUCUAGCAUCCCUUAACUGUGGCACACGACUGCAGUGACUUGCGGUUGUGCUACUGAGAUUUAUUCAAUAGACACCUGCAGCAACCUAUGACCAAGCUUCUAACAUGGGCAUUGUUUUUUACUUCCAUUUUGACGGGACACUAUAGGAAUGCCUGGUUGGUUUAUGUCCUCCAUAUGGGGGGUACUAAUACCACCUGUGCUGACCAGUCCCUGUCUCGGGCCGUUCGGCCAUAAUUUGGGUACCAACUCUUUAUUUAUGGGCCAUAUACCCACAACACAAACAGCGUUAAACUGUGUAAACCCAGUCCUGUAGGCAAGACCUGUUGAAUUGAUUGCAUGCACAUACUGCCUGGGAUCAUGCAACAGUGCAGCCUAUUAUCCGGGAUGGUUCUACUUUGAAAGACAAGCCUUCUAUGAUUAUGCCUACAACUGGCAAAGUGAGUGGUAACCCUGAACCCAAUUUACUACCUAAUGUUGGCCCAAGGACUGCUGCACUCUAAGAUAGCAUUUGUU